AUGUCUGGACUCAAGGCCGGCGACUCGUUCCCCGACGGCGUCAAGUUCUCCUACGUCAAGCCGUCCGGCGACGACAUUACUUCCUGCGGCGUCCCCGGGCCUCUGGACGCCAGCACGGAGUUCAAGGGCAAAAAAGUCGUGCUGGUCUCGGUGCCCGGCGCCUUCACGCCCACCUGCCAGGCGUCCCACCUGCCCUCGUACGUGGCCAAGCGCGACGAGCUCCGGGCCAAGGGCGUCGAGCAAGUCGUCGUGAUUGCCUACAACGACGCCUGGGUCAUGUCCGCCUGGGGCAAGGCCAACGGCCUCCGGGACGACUUCAUCCUCUUUGCCUCGGACGACGCGGGCUUCAGCAAGUCGAUUGGCUGGGACAUGGGGGAGCGCACCGCGCGCUAUGCCGUCGUCGUCGACCACGGCAAGGUGGUGUACGCGGCCAAGGAGGCAGGCAAGGGCAUCGAAGUGUCGGGCGCCGAGGCCGUCCUGGCCAGCCUGUGA